GGGAGGGUUAAUUGAGGCUUAAGGGCAAGCCCGGCCCCUAGCUGGGGGCGGGGGGCGUUGGGAAAGGGAAAAGGACCCCGCCCACACUCCAACCCUCCCGAUUGGCCAGGUCACGGGGCUCCGCCCUCACCCCCCUGCUGUCCUUGGGCUGGUAGGAGUUGGGGGUGGGGAAGGUGUCGGGAGGGAGUCCCUAUAAGGUUGGUAUAGCGCGAGGCUCUAGGGAGCUGAGUCUGGGGUCCAGCAGAGGUGGGGGCAGCGGAGGAGUCGAAGGUGCGGAAGCACCCAACUGACAGACUGCCAGCUUCUCUAGAAGUCCAGGAUCCCUCCGGGAGCGCCAGACAGGGUGACUCCCUGGCCACCAUGUCAAAAGAAGAAGGACAGCAACGUGGUCCUGCCCCAGUGGAGGAGGAGCAGCAGCCCCAGUCCCAGGGUGAGAACCUGGUGAGCAGAGUGGUGAAUCUGCCUCUGGUCAGUACAACCUAUGCCAGGGCAUCAGCCGCAUACAGCUCUGUCAAGGAGAACCACCCAUAUCUGAACUCUCUGUGUGGACUGGCUGAGCGGAGCCUUCAGGGCCUAACCACCAGAGCCAUCCGAGGGGCCCAGCCCCUUCUCACCCUGCUGGAGCCACAAAUUACUUCAAUGAACAGAUAUGCUUGCAAAGGCCUGGACAAGCUGGAGGAGAAGUUGCCUUUCCUCCGACAACCCUCUCAGGAGGUGGUGACAUCGGCCAAAGACGCUGUAACCAACCGUGUAACAGGAGUGGUAGGCCUGGCCCAGAAAGGUCGGCGAUGGAGUGUGGAUGUGACCCGUUCGGUGGUAACCAGUGGGGUAGACACAGUAAUGGGCACCCGCAUGGGACAGAUGGUGACCAAUGGUAUGGAUGUCAUGCUGGACAAGUCUGAAGAACUAAUCGAUCACUUUCUACCCAUGACUGAUGAGGAACUUGAUGAGCUAGUUGCUGCAGCAGCUGAAAGUGAGGCCCUGGCCCCCGGGACAGAUCAGAAUCAGACAAACUACUUUGUUCGGCUGGGAUCACUGUCAUCUCGACUCCGACAGAGAGUUUACCAGCACUCACUGGGCAAACUCCGCCAGAGCAAGCAUCGGGCUCAGAAAUCUUUCAGCCAGCUACAAGAAACUCUGGAGAUGAUCCACUAUAUGAAGCAUGGCACCAGUCACAACUUCCAGGGUGGGCAAGGAAGGCUACAGGAGCUGUGGCAAGACUGGAGCCAACAAGAGAAGGAAUGCCACCGGAGCCAGGUGGAAUCGCAGACUCUGGACCUGUCCCGAGACCUAACUCAGGAGCUACAGGUCACUUGUGAGACGCUGGCAGCUAGCAUGCGGGGGCUGCCCCCGGCUGUGCAGGAAAAGGUGAUGGAGGUCCAGCAAAGUGUGGAGGAGCUGCAUCAAGCCUUCUUGGCAGCCCGCUCCUUCCAUGAUCUGCCACCGGCUGUUCUGGCAAAGGGCCGGGGUCACAUGGAGCAGGCCCACACGACCGUGGAAGAGCUCCUGGAUUUCGUCAUACAGAACAUCCCCCUGCCCUGGCUGGUGGGGCCCUUCUCACCCUUAAUAGUGGAGCGGCCCUCAACCCCACAGGAACUGAUAGAACAGGUCGAUGAGGUGGUGAUAGGCCGUAGGCCCAGCUUGCUGGAGGACCGUUGGGCCAAUAUGGGUUGGUUGGCCGAGCAAGAGGCGUGGCGAGCUGCUCAUGAGGUGACAACAGAGGACACCCUGGUGGAGGAAGUUGAACCCCCCAUGAUCCCCAGCCAAGAGGUCAAGAAGGAAACAAUAAUGCCUGAGCUGGACUUCUGAGAAAUCUUCCCUCUUGACCAGUGAACGAGUAUCAGCUGCUGGGUUUAAAAAGGACUAUAGGGUCAAGUAUUCCCCUCUCUUCAGCCCUGCCUGGCCUCCCACAAGAGACAGGGGUCCUGAAGCCCCGAAGACCUGUUUUUGCCAAUCAGAACCAGACUGCUUAGGCUUCUCUUUGAGCCCUUGGGAAGGGAAGGAAGGACUCGGGACAGUGCAAAUGGGAAGAACCAGUCUAAGCUUGAGGUUGGAUAGAGGGGAUGCUCAGGGAAGAGACUGGGGCAGAGUAGUAAAAA